GCUCGGGAGGCGAGAGAUGGCGUCCCAUGGCGAUCUCGAACCCGUCGACCCGGCUCCGCGCCGCCCGGGCCAUGCCCCAGUGGCAGUGCGCUGGCGGGCGUGUGCGCAGGUGAGGGCCGGCGCGGCGACGGGCGCCACUGCGACCUGUGCGGCUCGUCGGCGCCCAGCGUGCGCUGCGACAAGUGCGCCAGCCAGAACUUCUGCCUCUCCUGCGACGACAUGUACCACCGCCACCCCAAGCGCCAGUCCCACGUGCGCAAGGCGCUGGACGCGAUGCGCUGCAACUCGUUCCGUCCGCCGCUGCCGCCCAAGGGGGAGACGGCGCCGGCGCCCGUGCCGCCCCCGCGCCGCAACAAGCGCCCGGGCAGCCGCGCCGGCAGCCCGCUGCCGCCCCGCCCCGACCAGGGUCCCACAUUGCCAAAGAAGGAAUUCUCUCUGAAGGAUAAGAUGGGCAGCUUGAAGCGACUGAUGGGCACUCGGCCUUUGCCACCCACGCCAGGAGGCAGCAGCAGAUUCCAAACUCUGCGCGACGAGGGCGGCGAGCGGCGCAGCCCCGGCCCGGGCCCCGCGCCCGGCGACCGCCUGGGCACGCUGCAGCUGCGCUACCGCCAGCACCAGGCGGCCAUGCGCGGCCACGCCGCGCCCGCCAUCCCGCUCACCGUGCUCGAGAUGAACGCCCGCAGCGCCGACCUGCCGUCGAGCCGCGACAGCGGGUACCCGGAGUGGGAGCCCGGCGACGCGUGGGAGACGCGCAGCCAGCGCCACCGCUCCUCGUCCAUGUCGGGGUCGUCGGGCGUGGAGGCCGGCGGCGGGCGGCGCUCGGAGCUGUCGGGCUUCGCCACGGCGCGCCGCCGCCCCUCCGACUACCGCCCGCCCUCGCCCUCGCACGCGGGCUUCUUCGCGCGCCCGGGCCUCAGCUCGUCCGCGCAGUCCAUGGCGCACCUCAACUGCCCGGGCUGCCACCACGGCAUGAUGUGGAUGCAGCAGCAGCAGCAGCAGCCCCAGCCGGGGCCCUGGGACUUCGGCGGCGGGCUGACGGCUGCGCUCCACCAGCAGCCACAGCAAUCAACCUGGGCGCCGACCUACGCGGGCCCGGCCGCGGCCCUUCGGCGCGCCGCCGCCGGCCUGGGCGCCGCCAACGGCGUGGGGCCCGUGGCAGCGGCCCGCCGCCCAGCGUCUACCGGGAGAAGAAAGAAGGAGGAGACCCGCAGCAGCACCAAGAUCGCGCAAAGUUCGCACCUGUUCGGCCUCAGCCACCGCGAGCGCGCGCCGCCCGCGCCCGCGCCCCGCCCCGGCGCCCGCCGGGCCCGCAAGGCACCUGCCGCGCCCCGCGACCGCGUGCGCGACCGCCGCGCCACCGCGCCGCCGCCUCCUUCAGCUCGGACGAGGACGACGUGGACGAGCGGGCGCGACGGCUACUUCUUUCCAACGGGGCGCGACGGCCGACGAGGACAUGGAGGUGGAGAGGACGAUCGGAGCGCGCGCUGGGGCGCCGCCGGCGAGGGACGACGAUCGAGGAGGAGGAGCGAGGAAGAGCCCCGCCGGCGGCCGCCCCCCGUGCCCACGCACCCUGGGAGUGCGAGCACUGCAACCUUCGUGAACCGCGCGGGCACGCGCGUGAUGCCGCCAGUCUGCUGCCCGCACGCCCACGGGCUCCGCCCGCCCGCGCCUCGCCGCGCGGCCGCCGGCUCCGCGCAGGGCCAAGCGGCGGCGCAAGCGGCGGCGGCUGGGUGGCCGCGGAAAGCGCGCUCCACGGCCGGCAGCGCGGCGGGCGCGCGCGCCGCCCCGCCCCCGCGCAGGGCUCGAGCGCGAGCGCGAGCGGACCAGGGAGAGAGCGCGGUGAGCGGGAGCGGGAGAGGGAGGCGGCCGCCCAAACGCCAGCACGACCCGCCCAGGGGACGACUCACACGCGCGACAGGCAGCGACGCCGCCGACGAAGACGCCGCGUCGUCGCCAAGUUCAACAAGCAGCUGCGCAUCGCGCGACGCGGCCACAGCCCGCGCCGCGCGCACCCGCAAGCCCAGGCGCCCGACGCCCCGGACCCGCGCACGCGCACAGCGCACGCGCACGCCCAAGAAGAAACGGAUGAAGGUCAAGAAGAAGGAAGACAGCCAAAAAGGCACGAUCGGCGAUCUCGCCACGCGGAACAUAGCGACAACAGGCAGCACCAUAACCAAAAAUACCACGGCGUCCGACAGCCAAUCCCAAGUGUCGCAUGUGGUCCACGUCCCCGCCGCCCCGGCCGCCAGCGCCGCCGCCCAGCCCGUCGCCGUCCGCCCCCGCCCCGCCCACCACCGGGGUGUCCACCGGCGUCGGGCCGUCCCCGCCCGGCGCGACCUUCACCCGCGCACUCCGCCCCCGCCCCAGUCCGCCGACGCCCAGAGAGUAGAAGUUCCGUGUCCACGAGUAUUCAGACUAGCCACGAAGACGGCAGACGGGCAGUCGGCGCCCCUCGCCCGCGCCUGCCCGCCGCCUUCGCGCCUGCCCGGCCCCGCCUGCCGCGCCCCGGCGCCGCACCGAGAAGCGAGUGGCGUCCACGGGCACCUCCCCGCCCCCGCAGAGCAUCUCCUACGCAAG